ACCAGGAUGCGAGCGAGUGGAGCGCCGGGGGAGGAAGCGGAGGUGCAGGUCGGAGAGGCCGGGCUAGCCGAGCCCAUUGCAGGAGCAGCUGCAGCAGCUAGGCAACAUCCAGCGGCGUGCCAGGCGGCCCAGCCCGUUGCUUUACUUUUUGCUGCACCAACGUAGUCAUUAUGCCGAAGAGAAAGUCUCCAGAGAAUACCGAGGGCAAAGAUGGACCCAAACUAACUAAACAGGAGCCCACAAGACGGUCAGCCAGAUUAUCAGCGAAACCUGUUCCGCCAAAACCCGAGCCUAAACCAAGAAAAACAUCUGCUAAGAAAGAACCUGGAACCAAGAUUAGCAGAGGUGCUAAAGGGAAGAAGGAAGAAAAGCAGGAAGCUGGAAAGGAAGGUACUGCACCAUCUGCAAAUGGUGGCACUAAAGCUGAAGAGAUCCACAUCUCUCGCUCAACUGUUAAUGUCUCAGCCUGCAGAAGUCCCCCACCCAGCACACUGUCAGUAAAGGGGCAGAUUGAAACAGUCAGAGUUAAGGAAAGAAUCAACGCUGCAAGUCUUGCCAUGAUGCCUUCCGGCCUUGUGUGUUUCCACCCAGAGUCGAAGUGUGUUUUAAAGUAAACCUGGAAGGAAAACGAGGCCACAUGCUCAAAAGCACGGAGAACUGAAUCUCUAGAUAAUGAGGGAGAAUGAAUUGUCGUGGAAAACUGGGGUUGACUUCAUGUACCUCUUGGGACAACUUUUAAAAGCUAUUUUUACCGAGUAUUUUGUAAAUGCUAAUUUUUUAGAACUCUAUUAGUUGGCAUAAAAUAUAUAAAGAUGGACGUUUUAUCCUCUUAUGGUGAUGUUUUUUGGAAAUUUCCAUCAUCCUCAAGUAAAACAAAUAUCAAUUUAAUAUCAGAAGCUGCGUGUAAAAUGGAUUCAGCAUUCCAUACCCUUGCUUUAAACAUUUAGUCCUGUGCAUACUGCGGUGUUUUUACUGUGCAUAUUUGAAUUUUUCAUGCAAUUUUUCUAGAGCAAUAAUCAGUGGUGCUUUUGUGCCUAGGUUUUAUGUGAUUUUAAUGAAAUAUGGAUAGUUGUGGCCACCUGCUGACUAUUUGUGGUUUCAAAUAAAAAGGUUUUCUUGUCUGCAAAAUGCCUACCUGUUUGUGCCUUUACUAAACUUAAGACGUGAUUUGUUUGAUUAAUGAAGAUGACGUAAAGAAUGUCUACAGUUGGUACCACGGUGUUAUCACUAGGAAGUCAGACGGCACUGUUUCAUAAUUUUG